AUGUCUGGUACUACCAAGACCGGAAAAGCUAUAGAAAAAGCGUUACAAGUUUUUUCGGAAUCUGGGUCCAGGAAGGUGCAAGAAGUUGCGCAGGUAGCUAUCGUAGUUAGUGAUGGUCACUCCCACGAUAAUCCAGUUCCGGCUUCCAGGAAGUUACGGAAAAAUGGAAUUCUGCUAAUGACCCUCGGGAUCGGACAACAUGUAAAUGAGCAAGAAUUGGUGGAAAUGACUGGGGAUAAAGAUUUAGCAUUUCAAGAUGUACUUUCUACAGAAUCGCUAUCACAAUUUACAAAUCAAUUUCGUCGUAUAACAAAAGGAGAAAAGUGUGAUUUUGCCAGAGGAAAAGAAGGUUUUAAUGUAGUUUGUAGCCCAGAUCGUAUUAUCGUCGGAGCAUCGCUGAAAAAUCGAUUUAGAGGCCACAUCUUUGUCGAAGACCAUUUCCAUGACCCAAAUUGUCGUGCCAAUUCUACAACUCAAGAAGUCGACCUCUCAAUUGAUUUGGCAAAUUGUGGAAUGAUCGUGCAAUAUUCGCUAGAUCCGCCAGGGAUCCUGUUCUCAACUCGUGUGAUUCUGAAGCUGCAUCCGAAUUUUCGGACCAAGAAAGAUUUUUUGCUUGAUGUAAACUGUUUCUACCCGGAAAAUAAUGGAUUGAUUGAGCAAAAGUUUCGAGGAACCGGUGAUGAUAUAGGAAUUGCCUCAAAUUUUCUAGAUAUAUCCUCGCCUUGUGAAUAUUAUUUUACAACAGAACGUGAGGAAUGUUCAAGUAAAUGCGCAGAGCUUCACGACAACCUUGUACAUCAAUGGAAGUGCUCCACAGUAUCACCUACAACAAAAAUGCUCGUUCAUUCGUGUUUUAUAUUUGAUCCUUAUUCUCAAAAAUCGAAAAUGAUAAUUGAUAGCGAUGGGUGCUCUACUGAUCCAUCCGUCAUUUCCACCCCUAAAUAUUCCACUGGGCUAUCAGCCAAAGCUGACGGGAUGGUGAUACAAUUUCCUGGAGCUGAAUAUAUACAGGCUCGUUGCACAAUAUCAUUUUGCACGGCAGAUCAAAAUAGCGAUUGCUUUGACUUUCAGCAAUUAAAAUGCAACAAACGGAGGUCGAAGCGCCAGACAGCACCGCUUAAGAAACUAUCGUUUUCUGAUCAGCCACUUGUAAUUUUUGAUGACGAAGACGAAGAUCCUGUGCAGCAAGAUAUUUAUCAAGAUCCAUUUCCUUUGAAUGACUCCGAGGCUGUCGCUUCUGCUUCCACAGAUCCAGAUAUUUCCACCUCGACCUCAAAGCUUGUAGAAGUUACUACCAAGAAAACUGUAUUUAUACCAUUUUUACAUAGAGAAGUCGAUAAUAGUAAAAGUGAUGAUAUCGAAAUUUCGGUUCUUGGUAUUCCGCUAGAAACAGUGCCACAAGGAGAAAAACUUGAUGAGCGGAUUCUCGCCAAACUCUUCUCAACCCAAAUCCUGGUCGAGAGCCCCCUACUCCGAAUCGCCACCAAAAAACGCGUCCGAAAAUCCACAAAUUUCUGUCGUAAU